AUGUCGAUAAAUUUAUUAUCAACAGAAAUUCUAAAAGAGAUUUUCGAAAACAUAAUCUCUGAUUCACGAUCAUGUAAUUCAGUUAGUAAUUUACGACCAUGUAUUUCUGUUAGUAGAUAUUGGUGUAAAACGGCUGUUCCAAUUCUUUGGCGAGUACCAAUUCUUCCUGGUGAAUAUUCUCCCGAAAAAACAAUUAAACUUCUUUCAAGAUCUUAUUUACUUUGUCUUCCUAAGGAUAAGAAAGAAUAUAUAAAAAGUGAAGGAAUUUAUUUUCCACCUGCACCACGUAAAAAACCACCUCUCUUUGAUUAUCCUGCAUUUUUAAGAAUUCUAGAUUUUGAUCGUAUUUCUGAGAUGGCAAAAUACUGGAUUAUUCAUCGAAGAACAUUAUCAAAGCCAAAGAUAUAUUACAUGGAUUUAUUGAAAAUGACAUUUUGUGAAUUAUUUAUGGAACGAGCGGAGAUGAUUCAUUUCAUUAAUCAUUCUGGAAACGGGAAAGUUCCAAUAUUUGAUAAUAAAGCUCCAAAUUUUCAAAAAUUGAGAAAGAUUCAAUUCAUCGAAAGAGAUAAUGAUACUACUUUCAUAGAAAAUAUUUCUAAUGUGGCAAAUAAUCUUCAACAUAUUAUCGCUCAAAAUAGAAAUUCAAAAAUUUCACUUUGCACUUGUAAAGCAUUGGCAAACCUUAUUGAAAAUCAAGGAUCUCUACAACAUCUUGGUGUCAUUGGAUAUUAUCAAAAUGUUUCAACGAUUAUUCAUUCAGUAAAAAGUCAAAAAAAUUCUUUGGUGAAACUCGAAUUAAGCAAUAUUGACUUUCAAUAUUUUGAUAGUAAUGCUUUUGACGCUUUAGCUUGGUGUAUUCAUUUAAAAUCAUUCGAGAUCAUCAAUUGUAAAAGAACGAAUGAUACAUGUUUAAGACCUUGGCCAAACAUGUUUCCAAAAUUACAAAAAUUCAAGUUUAAUAAUAAUAUAUUUUAUGAUAUUGCGUUUCCAACAAAUUUUAUCAUUAAAAUAAUUGAAUCAGCAGGUGAUAAUCUUCGACAUAUUAAAAUUAAUUCUACAAGUCCACCACAAGAAAAUCGAUCCAGGAUUGCAAAUGCUAUAGCAGGGAAUUGUAAAAAUCUUCAACAUUUAUCAUUUAUAACAUUAUCGAAUUCAGAAAUUUUUUCAAUUUUAGAUUCAUGUCAAAAUUUGAAAGAAUUAAAAUUCUUUACGGAAAAUAAUUUUGAUGAUUCAAUAUUUGUAGAAAUGGCGAAACAUUUACCACCUACACUUCAAUAUUGGGAUCUUGCAAUUGAAGCAAAUAAUUAUUAUCCUUCUUGUAAAGCUGUUAAAUUAUUUAUUGAAAGUAUCGAGAAAAAUUCUCUCAAGGUUUUUCAUUUCACGAGCCUUUAUUUCGGUGAUCCUUAUUUGGAAUGUGCUAUCAAAAGGUUACUUGAACAAAAAGGAAUUAUGACUUCAUUCACAGACGCGAAUAUUGAACCUUUUUAUUAA